CAGCUGACCUCUGACCUCCUGACCCCUCUGUGUGUGCAGGCCCAUGACAGCCCGGUGCGGGCCAUGACCUGGUCCCACAACGACAUGUGGAUGCUGACGGCGGACCACAGCGGCUACGUCAAGUACUGGCAGUCCAACAUGAACAACGUCAAGAUGUUCCAGGCUCACAAGGAGGCCAUCAGAGAAGCCAGCUUCUCUCCCACUGACAACAAGUUCGCCACCUGCUCCGAUGACGGCACCGUCCGGAUCUGGGACUUCCUGCGCUGCCACGAGGAGCGGAUCCUUCGAGGUCAUGGCGCCGACGUGAAGUGCGUGGACUGGCACCCCACCAAGGGGCUGGUGGUGUCCGGCAGCAAGGACAGCCAGCAGCCCAUCAAGUUCUGGGACCCCAAGACGGGUCAGAGCCUGGCCACGCUCCACGCCCACAAGAACACGGUGAUGGAGGUGAAGUGGAACCUGAACGGGAACUGGCUGCUGACGGCGUCCCGCGACCACCUCUGCAAACUCUUCGACAUCCGGAACCUGAAGGAGGAGCUGCAGGUGUUCCGGGGCCACAAGAAGGAGGCCACAGCGGUCGCCUGGCACCCGGUCCAUGAGGGUUUGUUCGCCAGCGGAGGCUCCGACGGGUCGCUGCUGUUCUGGCACGCCGGGGUGGAGAAGGAGGUGGGCGGCAUGGAGAUGGCCCAUGAAGGGAUGAUCUGGAGUCUGGCCUGGCACCCUCUGGGUCACAUCCUGUGUUCUGGUUCCAACGACCACACCAGUAAGUUCUGGACCAGGAACCGACCCGGGGACAAGAUGAGAGACCGGUACAACCUGAACCUGCUUCCCGGGAUGUCGGAGGACGGCGUGGAGUACGAUGAUGUGGAACCCAACAGCCUGGCUACCAUUCCUGGGAUGGGCAUCCCGGAGCAGCUGAAGGCGGCCAUGGAGCAGGAGCAGAGCAGUAAAGAGGCGGCUGCCGAGGUGGAGAUGUCCAUCCCUGGACUGGACUGGGGCAUGGACGAGGUGAUGGGACGGGACUCCAAGAAGGUUCCUCAGAAGAAGGUUCCUUACGCCAAACCGAUCCCGGCGCAGUUCCAGCAGGCUUGGGCGGAGAACAAAGUUCCCAUGAUGCCCCCGUCUGCAGAUCUGUCAAAGGACCGGAACCUGGAGCAGAAGGUGGAGGGGAAGAAGAAGACCCAGGCGGAGCUGGAGCAGGAGAUGGCGGCGCUGCAGUACACCAACCCCCACCUGCUGGAGCAAAUGAAGAUGAGCCAGAUGAACUCGGAUGGAAACAUGGGCCCCCCCCAGGGACCGGGCUCCAUGCCCCCCUUUCCGGGCCCCGGGGGGCCGGGCCCUCCUGGCCAGCAGGGCUACGCUCCAAACAUGCCUCACCAGCAGAUGGCGCCCCCCAUGGGCCCCGCAGGGAUGCAGCAGCCCUUUAUGCAGCCUGGACAGAUGGGGCCUCCUUCUGGACCCCCAUCUCAUCAGGGGCCCCCUCAAGGCAUGGUGGGCCCCUCAGACAUGCAAGAACCACAGAGACAUCCUGGCCCACCAAGACACAUGGGCCCCCCAGGACCUCAUGGGAUGGGGCCCAGAGGCAUGCAGGGGCCCCCUGGUGGGAUGAUGGGGCAUCCUCCUCGAGGAAUUGGUUUAAGGGACCCUCAAGGGCCCCCGCCCCAAGGGAACAUGAUUAGUCCCCAGGGCCAAAUGCAGGGUGGAAUGAUGGGGCCCCCACCCAGGACACACGGCAACAUGCCUAAUAACUAUGGGAUGGGCAACAUGCAGGGGCCCCAAGGAGGCAUGCAGGGGCCCCCGUACAUGCAGCACCAGGGCCAGAACUCAGGACCCAUGAUGCAUGGGAUGGGGCCCCAGGGCCCCAACAACAAAGGAGACCAUCGAGGGCCGCCCCCGAACCACCACAUGGGUCCCACAGACCGGCAGGGACCCGGGGGGCCCGGAGGCCCGGGGGGACCUGACCAAGGCUCUUACUGGGGAGACGGCCAGCAGGGCCGGAGGGGCCCCCAGGAUGGAGGACAGGACUUCCACAACCGGGGGGAGGACAGCUGGAGGCCGGGGUACCAGGGGGGGGGGCACCGGGGGGGGGGGCACGGGGGGGGCGGGGCCUGGGGCUCCGACGACCGCUUCGGUGUGGGGGACUUCAGAGGACGGCGGGACGACAGGUUCCGAGGGGGCGGGCCGGGCCGAGGGGGGCGGGGCUACACCGAGGACUACAGCGGCCAGGAGGAGGGCUUUGACGGCGGCGAGGAGGUCGGCCGAGGCUGGGAGUCCGGGGGCCGAGGGAGGCCCCCCCGAGGAGGAGGGCCCCCGCGGGGAGGAGGCCAUGACGGGUUUCGGGACGACGGUUCGUCUCCGGGGGGGCGGGAGCGUCCCUCGUCCAUGCAGGGGAUGGACAUGGCGUCCCUGCCGCCCCGUAAGCGUCCCUGGCAGGACGGCCCUGGGACCGGGGACCACGAGGCUCCAGACGGAGGCGGACGACCUCAGAGGGACGACGGCGGCUACGGCCCCCCCGGGCGGGGCGGGCGGGGGGGCUGGGGGCCCGCGGGGGGGGCGGGGCUGAGGAGGGGGGGACCACCACCCAGGGGGGGGCCGAGGGCCGGCGGGCGGGGCCGGUAGGGCCGCUCACCACCUUCAGACUGUUGGUCAUGUGACCUGGCUCACCCCUUAGGGGGCGUGGCCCCCAUGGGGGCGUGGCCACCGUGCAGCAGGUGUCUGAUGUAGAGACUCAGUUUUGUUUCUGCAGCGUUUUCUAACAGAUUUCUAUGUGUUUGUGUUUUCACCGAACUGGACAAUAAAGAUUCACACUUGAACUGCUGG